AUGAUAAUAGUAAGGGAUGAACUGAAUUGCAUGCCAGAUACAUCAACAGAGAUGGCGUAUUGUGAGAGGCGGUCCAUCUACAGAGUAGCUAGCUGUGUCACGGAUCUAAACAAGAAAGCCUAUAAGCCUCAGGCAGUCUCAUUUGGUCCUUACCAUCACGGCGAGGAAUACUUGAAGGCAAUGGAGGACCACAGGCAACGUGCUUUCCUUCACUUCCUCAAGAGAUCAAACAAAUCCCUUGAGUACGUGGUCGACUAG